ACUCGAAAUUAUUUGAUAAUCUAACUUCCUUACUAUUUCUUCACAGUACUAAUUAUAUUAUAGGUUAUAAAUCGAAUAAGAUUGUUAUUAUAUUGAAUAAUUAUGUCUGAUAAAGAAGAUAUUGAUAUUAAUAAAAAGUUCGAAGAUUUAUUAUUUGCCGAAGAAAAUGCCCAAUACAUAGGUUACAAAGAAGGUUUUGAGGUUGGCAAAAAGCAGUUGGUAAAUGGAUUUCAUUUUGGAUAUCACAAAGCUAGUUUGUUGGGUGCGCAAUUAGGAUAUUAUAGCGGUAUUUUGGAACAAUAUUUAAGUGCAAAUAAAUGUAAUUUAGAGAAAGGUGUUUGGAUUGCAAAAGAACUUUUACAAGAUAUUUAUAAUUUUCCUAAAUACAAUGAUGAGACAAUAGAUAUAUCAAAAACUAUAGAUAAUAUUAAAUUUAAAUAUGCCAAGUUUUGUGCAUUAACAAAAAUAUAUGCGCCAUAUCCAGAAACAGAUAAACUUGAUUUUUAAUUAUGCAGAAUUAUGAUUGAAUAAAUAUAAAAUCAAAUAAUAUUCUUUAA